CUUUAUUUAAAAAAAAGGUUUAAAUUACACAGAAAUGAUCAUUGAUGCAGAUUAGUUUAAAUUAGUUUAUAUAUUAAAUCCAGUAAUUUAUCUUUAGGAUCUCUACAAAAACUAUUUUUAUUAGUAUUAUUAAAAAAUUGUUUUCAUUAAAAAAAAAAAAAAAAAAAUUAGCACAUAUUUUGAAAACUGUUCUUGACAAAUCUCCAAUUCUGAGUCUGCACAAGGUGACAGUGGGGAGAAAUGACUCUUGCUAAGCAGGAAGAAACCUUUAGAAUCAGGAAUGAUGAACAUCUGCAUUGAUGGACUAGGAGAGCAGGAAGGAGACGCACAACGAACACAUUUUCAUUUUAAAAGAGAUACUUUAGCUACUGCCAAAAUAGUAUCUGCAAAUGGAGAGUAAAGAGAGUAAAGUCAGUAACUACGUACAGGGCAUGAGGGCCCAGUGCAUCAUGGGAGAAGCCCCAGUGAUCUGAAGGCUUCAACACACUCUACAAGAGCAAAGAAUAUUUUAAAACAAUAUCAAUGUUUGUUCUGAAAAUAAUAUUUCUUCUCUGAAGGUCCCUUCACUUCUCUUCAGUUCAAGUGACUUGAAGCAGUGAAAUCAAUGGACUGAACAGACAGAAGCACAAAUGAAUGUUUUUGACUCGAUGAAAGAAGAGAAGUACUUGUUCAUAGCUGAAGACUUAUUCAGUUUGUUAUCGAAAUGUUUAAUCACAAACUUGCAAUUUAAUGACAGCGUGGCAAUGUUCUUCUUACCCUUUUCUAUAACUGCAAUGGGAGCAAAAUUCAUUUUCGGGUUCAGAGUCGAAAAACGCGAGUUCGAUGGCGCGCCUAAUUUUCAUUGGAAGUGGGUGGAAGCAAAACGGUUGCGCGAACCACACGUCACUUCCGCUCUUCACCCACUAUACCACAGAGUCAUUUUCAAACAGUAAAACUCCUUGAUCACAAGAAUUAAUGUUUUUCUCAACAACCGAGAGCUUCUCCUGACUGGCUUACAGUUCGAAAAAAAGCCACCGAGUUGCCAUUAAUAACGUGUUUGGAUUACCGGAGAAAAUAGUGUUUUGAAGUGGCGCUGUAUCCUCUUAGCUUAGGGAGUAAACUGCCGUCAUGUAAAACUGCAGAAGAAGAAAAAAUUUGUAGUCCGUUUGUAGUCACUGCAAGAUCGUAAGGUCCUGAUCCAUGGCGGUGUGACAAUAGCUUGAGAUGGUAGUAAUCUGUGUUCAUCUUCUUUAAAAAAAAAUCAAUAAAUCUGAGCUUUUUAAAAUAAUAAUAAAAAAUAUAUUAAGGACAUUUUUGUUUUGGUGUGUUUCAAGCAUUGACAUGUAUUCUUCUACUGGACAAAACGAGGUGUUAACGUCACUCAUAGAAAAGGCCUUACCUCCUGCCCUCGUGAAAUGAGCCCAAAGCUGCCGCCAUGGCUUCCUGUUCGUUUGCCGCCAUUUUGUAACCCAUAAGAGUGAUUGGUCCAUGUCAGUUUGAGUCACAUUUUUAGAGGAACUACUGUCGCCAAUCACGAGUGAGCUUGUUUGAAGUUCCACUGAAAGCGGUUUGGGAUAAUCUGUCAAAUGUAAAAGCAGUGGGCACCACAUGCUUUUACUGAGGCCUCUGAUUGGUCAGUUUAUAACUUGAGAGAAAGAAAAAAAUAGAAGAUACUAAGAAGAAAGUACCAUAAAAUUACUGUCGAUUUCUCUAUGGAAGUCAAUAGGAUUUUAUUGAAACCAGCUUGUACUUCUUAUUUGGAACACAAGAGGGGAGGGGUUGAUCUGUCCAGCGAUUUCUACAGUCAAUGGUUUCAAAUUUCUCAGCAGUCACAUUCUUGGCCUGUUUAUAAACUAACAGGCAAGCUUCAUUUUUCCAUCUUGACUUAACAACAAAAUAUUUACUUAGUUUCGUUUGCCAGCUUUUCACCUUAGUGACUGCAAAACCUGAAAGACAUCCUUUUUUUUUUUAAAGACACCCUGGAGUUCAGGGUGCAGCAGAUGACACAGAGGUGGAGUGAGUCAUUUGAGGAUGCUGCUUCAACCUCCACCUUCUCUUGGAAUGCAUAGUACCCUGCAGACGGAGAAACCUGUUGUACACACUCCAAAAAAAAAAAGCUCUGUGUGUUUGGGUGUGUUUGUGUGCAUGUGCAGUUAAAGUAGAGAGUGAGACGGCAGCAUUUCGUUGUCUACGGAGACCAAACAUGUACUGAAGUUCUCUGGAUAAGACAGAAUUUGGAGCCAGCUGAAUACGUUCGGGGAUCGAAUGAACUACAACUCCUCCAACACAGUAAGAAUGAGUAAAAACGUGAGAGAGAACAUCAACGGCUCCUCAGACCUGAGGUUGUUUCUUCUGGGGAACAUUGGCUGUGGAAAGACGUUGUCUGCCAACACCAUCCUGAACCAGCCGUCUUCUCGCUCUACCAAUGACACCAAAAGCUGCCAGCUGCGAGAAGCCUUCACCGAGGGCCGGAGAGUGACCCUCGUGGAGGCUCCGAGAUGGUACUGGGCCGGUGAAAAAGUGGACGACAGCGUCAGAAAGGAGACGGAGCAGGCUGUGACUCUGAUGGAACCGGGACCACAUGCUAUCUUACUGCUGGUUCCUGUUAACCAGUUUACUGAGAUGGAGUCCCGUGUGCCUGCAGAGCUACAAGUCAUGUUUGGGCAGGAAGUGCUGGAUCACACUCUGGUGCUGUUGACCUGCGGAGACUACUUGAUGGGAAGAACGAUUGAGGAAUACCUGCAGAGAGAAGACCCAGGAUUGAGGCAGAUGAUCAAGGCUUGUGGUGGAAAUUUCCACAUUCUGAAUAAUCGUAACUUAAAAGACAGAGAGCAGGUCAGCGAGCUGCUGGAGAAGGUGGACCGCAUGGUGGAGAAAAAAGGAGUAUUCAACAUGAAAACUGCUGAAAUGAGAGAUUUGGAGAGUCAAAUUGGAGAAGAAGAAGAAAAUGAAGAUGAAGAAGAAGCAGCAGCAGCAGAAGAUGAUGAUGACGAUGAUGAAGAAGCAGCAGCAGAAGAAGAUGAUGAUGAUGAUGAUGAUGAUGAUGAAGCAGCAGCAGCAGAAGAAGAAGAAGAUGAUGAUGAUGAUGAAGAAAAGAGACUCUUGUUGAAACUUAUUCAAGAUCAGUUGCAAGGGAGCAGACUUUUUGGCACAGGUGAACUUGAAAUGGUAAUUGAAGAGGAGGAAGAAGAUGAAGAAAAUUAUGAAGAAGAAGAAGAAGAAGAAGAAAAUGAAGAGCCCAUUAUAACUUCAAAAAUGAGAAACGUUGAACAAGAGUUUAAUAAAAGUUCUGAAGUUCCAGUUCAGAACGGGCGUCCUUCAACUCAAGAACCAGAGCUGCAAUCCUAUUCAGAGUCUAUUGAUGAGCCUCAGCUGAACAGCACUCUAAGUUCACUGAAUUCAGAUGGAGCCCUUUUCUCAAAAUUAUCUGAGUUUAUGACCUCGUCAAGAACCCCAGAUUCCUUUCAGGACAGAAGCAGCAGUGUCGACGGAGCAGCGCCUCCGACGUCUCCCGUUUUUUCCACUCCGCGUUCCCCCAUCUUUUCCUCCACUCCUCAACCGUCUUCAAACGUGUCCGCCUCUGCUUCAGCGCGUGCCCCAUCCUUCUCAUCCUCCUCGCCGCAGCUUCGCCUGGUUUUGCUCGGCCGAUCCGGAGCUGGGAAGAGUUCAGUCGGGAACAGUGUUCUGGGACAGAAUGUCUUCAGAUCUGAGGCAGACAGUUUCACAGCAGUGACUCAGAAAUGUGAGAGAAAGAUGGCGGUCGUUGAAGGCCAAAAGGUGGCAGUAGUAGACACUUCUGAUUGGUUCAACGCAGAGCAGACACCUGAGGAGGUGCGAGCUCAGAUCUCCUCCUCUGUUGUCCUGUCCAUCCCCGGCCCUCACGCCUUCCUGCUGUGCGUCCCGUUAGACCAGCCUGCAAAAACCGAGCUGCAGGCUCUGGAAGCCCUGGAGAAGGUUUUUGGCCCGGAUGCAGUCACGAAGCACACCGUGGUCCUCUUCACCUACGCCGAUCGCCUGAGGGACAGCGGGAUGAUCGGGAACGGCGGCGUGGAGGCCUACAUAGCGGAUCAGAGGGGGGAUUUGUUGAAGCUCGUUGAGAAGUGCAGGGACAGGUUUCACAUCAUGGAGAGGGGUCCAAGUGAGAAGAAAAGCGUGGCUGAUUUACUGGCUUUGGUGGCGCUAACGAUGAAAGAAGCUGGCGGACAAUAUUUUACUUCUCCUGCUUUUCAGGAGGCAGAGGACAAAGUGAAGCAAAAGCAGCAAGACAUAGCAAGAGAGAGAAGAGAAAAAGUACUAAACCAAAAGGCGGUAAGAAAUGAUAAACCGCUCAGCCCAAGGAGUAUGAAUUUACAGCCGUACAUGCAGACUUUAUUUGAGAGAGAAGAAGUAGAUGAGCUUGAGGAAGUGAGAGAUGAAGCAGAGAUGAGUGUAAGUCUGACGAGUUUGGAGAGCAUUCCUCUACUUACCAUGUCUGAGUUGUCGCCUUCUCUUCUGGACUCUCUUAAAGAGAAAGUGGAGUCUAGUAUGAAGAUGCUGCCGAAGCUGAUGUCAGAAAGCUCAGUGCAGCCUGAAGAAACAAAGAAGGCGCAAAGCAGUUCGGUGUGGGCCAUCCAAAAGAUGGUGGCAGACGGUUCCCUGUGGGGAAAGGUGGGAGCUACUGCAGGACAUGUUUCCAAAGCAGUGACAGGGAGUCCGCUAUGGGAGAAAUUAGGGGCCGGUACCAAAACUGGAGCCAAGCUGGUGGCGGACGGAUCGUUUAGAGUCGGAGCUGGGAUUGGUGCUGGUGCAAAGCAGGUGGCUCAGAGUCCAGUGUGGGGCAGGAUGGGCUCCGGGGCAAAAGAGGGGGUCACUAUGGUGGCUGAAAGCUCUCUGUGGGAGAGGAUGGGAAACGGUGCCAGACAGGUUCCUAAAAUAGUGUUUGCAGCUGGGCUGCUGGGACUGGUGCUCGGCGUGUUUUUCGGAGGGCUGUUCUGGGGAGUCGUCGGAGCUGCUGCUGGAUCUGCAGCGUCUGAGAUGGGCCGACAAAAAUUCAUCAGCAGAAGCUCUUCGAGGUCUGAAGCUGCCAGAAAUGGUUCAGAUGGAGGGAAAAGUCUGAAAUCUGAAUGAAGAACUUAAUGGAGCAUGGAUGCAAUACAUUUAAUUUAACAAAUACAAAAAUAUGAACUGACUCCAUUAAAAAUAGUAUUUAUUUUUCAUUUUUUUCUACACAAUAAAAAUAAAAAAUGAAGUUCAAAGAGCUAAAUCCACAAUCCAAUUCGCCAUGUAUAGAUUUUUUUUGUGCUGCAUAUCUUUCUUAAAUUUCAAAUAUCUCUUUUUAAAUACCAUAUUUUAUUGUUUACAUUUUGGGGAAUUAUAUUUAGGCAAUUUAUCUAUUAUGUCUUGUAAAUAUGUGUCUCAUUAAAAGUGAAUGAUUA